AUGUCUAGACGUGGGUAUUUAAACAUCGUCUGGACAAUAUUACUUCAGAUUAGGGAAAAAUAUCUCACUGUUAACAGUGUGGUCGGAUGGGACUAUGUUAACAAGUUUGAUGAGCGGAUAGAUUUUUCGUGUCCAAGUGGUCAAGCCAUCUCGUUAAUACACAGUGAACAUCACAACUAUUAUGAAGAUCGUAAAUGGUCUUUAGGAUGUAGAUCUACGAUUGGACAACAGGUAGAUUGCUACUGGACACCUUCUUUUGUGAACGACUGGGAUGAAUACUUCAACUUUGAAUGCAGCCAUAAUGGAUUUAUAACUGGUAUAAGGAGUGUCCAUGACAACGGAAAAGAGGACAGAAGGUUCAUGUUUAAAUGUUGUGGAAUUUCUGGAAAGGAAGCUAGGCAGUGUGAAAAUACUAUGAAGAAUAACUUUGACAAAGCCGAUACAGUGAGGGUACCUGGGCCCGGUUGUUCAAAAGGCUGGAUAAAGUUAUCCACAGGAUAA